AUGUAUUUAUCAUUAACAAAUUUAAUAACGGAUUCAUCAAUUACAUAUUCAUAUCCAUUAAAUUUUAUAUUAAAAUUUGAACAAAUAACAACAACUUUAUCAUUAACUUUAGUUUCAUUAAUUAUAUCAUCAGGUAUAAUUUUAUUUUUAAUAGAUUUAGGAUUAUUUUUGAGUUUAAAAUUUAAAUUAAAAUAUAAUAAAGAUAGAGUUUUUAUGAUACAUACUUCAACAAAAUAUAAUAGAACUAAUAAUGGGAAUGGUAAACACAUUGCAAAAGAAAAUCUAAUCAAGAAUGGUGGUGGUAACUCAAAUUCAAAUCAUAUUACUAAAUUAUUAAUAAAAGAAAAUAUUACUAUUCAUUAA